UUCAAUUAUUUAUUGAGUAACAACGAAUAAAUGAUUUGCUUGUUUAAAAAGAUUAAUAAUAUAUUAUUAUAACAUUUAAAAGCAUUCGUAUUGAAGAUGGAGAGACAAGGCCUUUCGUUUGAUGCAGAGUUCCAGUCGCUCGUUGGUGGUCUACACAGACAGGUGAAUACCAUGAACUAUAAAACUCGUUUUCCGGAAACCAAUAUUUACCUUGCGGACAAACAGAAAACAGAAGCUGAUGCCAUGUUAAAUGAUAUAACGCAUGGUAUCAGGCAGCUGAAAGUUACAGUUCGGCACCAUCAAGAAGCAGUUUCUACUCCCAGCAUUAAUACCAAACAAAACAAAAUGGAAGAAUUCAUGGCAUCCUUUGAGACCCCAACAGUAAUAGAAACGGAUUCUAAAGCAACCACAACAAAGAAAAAGCCGAAGCAGACGACCACGACAACACCAUCGACAUCUGGGAUCAAGACUCGCUUAACAACGCUGACUGAAUUGGCCAAAGAUAUUGCGCAACAGGAGGAAGAAUCCCGCUAUAUGAGGGAUCUGGUCUCCAUGGUUGAUCUUAUCGAUGAUCUCACCUGCACUGUGGCCUUUGCGUUCGCCAUGGACAGGAGAUUCAGCAGACCCACAGCCCAUCAGACGGAGUCGGACGGUUUUCGCUCUUCGCCUACGUCGGAGAUGUCAAGAUCAUUAUCCCCAACUGAAGAAUCAGAUGUGAUGGACGGGUGUCCAUAAUACAUCGUUCGAAAUGACUUACAUGCGUGUUAUCAAAACUUUCCCUCUCCAAUGCCGAAAAGACGUACCCAUUUAUUACAAUUAAAAUGUUCAAACUCUAGAUGUCGUAGCAUAGCACGCCCUAUUACCGUGCGGCUUAUCGGAUUCUGAAUAAAAACAUUUGUCUAGC